ACGUCGGUUGUGAAAAGCGUAAAAGAACGAAAAUGCUUGUCUCAAGAGAUAAAUUGCUAGGCACGAAACCAGCAACGGCUUGCCUAUGAAACCUUUUGUGAAGAAACAUCAAAUACUUUUUAAAUCAUCGACCAUUGAGAAGCAUGUAAAUUGUAGAAAUAUUUCCAAUGAUGGUCUGAUUGCCUUGGUCUAUUAACAACAAGUCCUCGACGAAAAUGACGGCUGCCUUGAAGUACGAGGACAUUCCUUUAUUGCUGCUCUCCAUUUUUGCAGUGCUGGCGAAUAUCUUCGUUUGCUUUCUUGUCCUGAACACUCGCCGACUACGUUCAGCUACUAACAAGUUCGUAGUAUCUCUAGCCAUCUCGGAUAUUCUCAUAGCCGGUUUGUUGCUUCCUUUCAUCCUUGCCAAAGUAGAUGCAAUAGUGAUCGACUACAUGGGUUCAAUCUCUCUUUUGGCUGGGGUCGCCAACAUUGCUGUUAUUACCAUCGACAGGUACAUUGCAGUUUUCAAUCCAUUUAAGUAUAACGCGAUUAUGCGUAAAUGGUUAGUUAGGACCAUCAUAUUGAUCUGGACACUUAGCAUUGUUAUUUCCCUUUUGCCGUUGAUUUGGAGUACUAACCAAUCCUCCACACAGCAUCAUGUCUACAUCUUCACUGUUCAAAUUGGUCUCGUUAUUUUAUCUUAUGCUCUCAUUUUCAUGGCGUAUUACAAAAUAUUUCGCAAGGUGCGGCAAACCGUUAGGAAGGAACGAACUCUAAUGAUGUCACUGGCCGUUUCCCGAGGUCACGGCGGCAAACAGAUCAAGGUAUGCCCUAGCGCAUCAGAAUCUAAAGUGACCCGCGUAUCAGUCAUUAUCGCCCUUAACUUCAUGUUGACUUGGUUGCCUGUGGAGUAUAUGACGCUGGUGCAUACUGUGGGAAUGCCUGGUCUAAUUCCUCUACCCUUACCAAAAAUAUCUCUGUUUACUAUCGCUUUGGGAGCCUUGAUAGACCCUGUGGUGUAUUCCUACCUCAAAGCCGACUUCAGGCAUGCUAUAAAGCGUAUGUUCAAAAAAUUCAGAAGGUAUGCUAACAGCGAUCAGGGCGAAACAAGCGCCAGCCAAAGCAUGAUGGGUGGUUAUAAAUACCGUGUAGGUGGCUAUAACUCUACUAACGUCUAAACUUGGAAACCAUCACUUUGAUUUUUGCGUUUGUAAUGUUUUCAUAGAAUAGAAAAAUUGCCUUUAACGUAUCCUUUCAAGUUCCUAAAAAAAGACGACUGAAAGCAAGAAAAUUGGAGUCGACAUUGGUAGAAGCGUAUC